AUGGGUUUGUGCUGUAAGUGCCGUAUAGAACUACGUAGUACUGAUAUACCAUGGAAACCAUAUUGCCGAGGGUAAGCUUUAUUUUUUUUCGUAUGUACAACAGGUUUUCGUGCUUUCACACGGGACUUAACUAAUAAAACUUAUAGCCUUUCACUAUAAAAAGGACGGGUGCAAUCACCAAAUGACGUAAUACUAGAGAUUUAAAACUAGACAUUGAUUUUCACCACAUCACAAAAGCGAACAAACAAUAGUUCUCGCAGGACUAAGACGACGUUUCGGCGUCGUCAUGACAUGUUCAACGAGCCCAAUUGCGAUAAAACGACCUUUUAAAGAUAGGCAACAGGUUUUUAGUACUUUUGGAUAUGCCUUAAUUACUAUCUUCGCUUGGAGCUGGCCAGAACGCCUCUAGGUCAGGAAUUUUUGGGGGACUUUGCUUCUUUUUUUCAGCACGACAGUGUACGAAAUUUUAUUCUCUCUCUUGUUCAUUGCUGUGUUUGACAUUUCCUUAUGUUCUCGCUCAAAAUAACUAAAACUUGAGGAUUCUGGUCGAAGCCAAGGUAGCUAACUAAAACGAGGAAUAACAAGGGUCCUUAGCGGCUGGGAUAUAUUAUGCAAUAAUUAAAGACCUUGAGGUACUUGUGAUGAACUCUGGAAAAGGCCUUCGCGAUAUUAUUAUUGUCACCCCACGUUACAUGUGACUGGCGGUAGUCUGUUGCGGAAUUCGUAUAACCCCGCUCUAAGGUUCAAACAAAUCAAAAAGACUGUAUCUUUCGAUGUAACAACACGAUAUGAGAAUUGUACAUCGUAAUAGAUUGUUGGAUUGGAUUGAAUCCAAUGCAACAAUCAGUUGCGAUGUACAAAUCUCAUGUUCAACGAUCACGGACUAGAACUAAAACUAACAGUGCAUUCUGAAUAUACAGAGGGCUUUCUACUAUCCUUGCGUAAGGCAGUAUUUUUACAUUAAUCACAUGUACAGUAAAAGUUCCCAUUGUAAUGUUUCUAAAUUGAGUGACUAUUACAAAAUCGCAGGUUCUUUCACCUUAUUUGGCCUAGGAAAAUGCAUGCAGUUACAUCAUUUUAUAUUAUAAAUAUACUCGGACUUUGUCUACAUUAUUCUGAAAUUUCAUGUCACGAAAUCUAACUUCUUUUCGCUACAGAUGUAAAUUUCUAAUUAAUAUUUAAUCACAAAAAUAAUCAAGUUAAGCAUCGCAUUUUUCUUUCCCGACAUAGUCGACUUAGUUCGAGUGACCUUGAAAUAAGACUACGCCAAGAUAAAGAAUUGAAAAUUGAAUUCCUAUUCCGAUAUGAAUUAAGUAUCAGUCGCAUUUACAUCUCUUCUCCGCAUUAAAGAAAAGUAAUUAACCAAUUCGCUCAAUGUAAGGUAAAACGGAUUCCGGAAUCCAAGUUCCACUGACAAGGAGUACAAGGGAAUGCAUUACCUACAAUCCGGAAAUCCACAGCGUGGAAUCCAGAAUCCACGGGGACUUUCCAUUUGUCAGAACUGGCCCGCCGGACCUCCGGGCCGGACCAUUGCCCGACCAGUCAGUUCGAAAAUGAAAUGGGUUUUUUCCAAGAGUUUUUGCUGAAGAACCAUCUCCCUCGUGCAUACUAUUUAGGAUUUGACUGAUCUGGCUUGAUAGUUUUGAUUAAAAGGGAGAUUUUCAUUUGCGACGGGAAUGGUCUGGCCGGUCCAGUUCUGACAAAACGGAAAGCGCCCCAAGACUGACUUGGAUUUUGUUAUCUCCACCGGUAAGAAACGCUGUAUUGGCAAACUUAAGUUAUGGUGUAUGUCGUUCUCUUAAAAUUGUGAUUUGUGUUCAGCAUUGGGCAAAUUGAUAUUUACAGAUUUACUCCUUUUUUGCAGAUGUUAUCAAAGAGCGUUUCCAUUUUGUGACCACUGUAAAAAUCCUCUCCACAAGGGACAGGAAUUAAUAGGGAAUUACCACAAGUUUCCGUAAGUGUAUCGCUAAGCUUCAUGAACUUUACCGAAUGUAGCCAUGGAAAGAUAGGAAGAAAGAUGGGUACUAAAAGUCAUUAGGGUACAUGCUAGAUAGAAUCUAGUGAGCGCAGGGAGGCGAAGAGGUGUCAUAUGGAGAUAAAUGUGUACGGCUAUAAAGAACUGCAUAGGAAACCAGCAAUAUGAAUGAUAACGAUGAUGAAUAUCUGAAUUUCAUAUUAACGCGAAGUGAAGAAACAAAUGCAAAGAAUAAAUGCACCUUCUUUGCAUUUAUUUCUUUAUUCCGCGGUUCCAAUAUAUGAAAUUCAUAUAUUCAUCAUUAUUUCAUCUUCAUCUUUGCCGGCUAUACUACGAGACAAUUUCAUGACCAGCUGCCAGCGAGAGCUAACGCGACACCGGUAUCGUAGACGUCAGGACUCGAAUCCCGGCAAGCCUGACUUUUUUCAGGCUUUCUUUCCGUAACUUAUGAUAGGUUGCGUCUUUGACUGCGAGGAUCUUCUUUGCAUUUAUAAAUGAUCAUUAUAAGUGAUUUAGUGUGGUUAGUUUGUAAUUAAUCAAGCCUGUUGUUGAUUUGAUCAUUGUUAGAUGCUACAGUCUGGAGACAAAGAAAUGCUGUGAAUGUUUCGCCGACGUUAAACGUGAGCACGGAGAUGGAAUUUACUGCCCAAAGUAGGUGUCAGAGUUUUCGAUGAAUAAAUAGAUCGUGGGACAUAGGGAUUCGCUCUCUUAGAUCAUUCUCUCUUAAUACUUUGAAAAUGGCUAUCCUUCAUUACUGAGCUAAUCAUAAGAGAACUACAGGGAUUUUGUCAGUUGAGUUGGUAAGGUAAUUAAAAUUGUCCACCGUUUGUGUAGCCAUUUAUCAUCACUCUGACUACAGUAUAGUGUAAGGGGUCAGCGCUGGAAGUAUGGUAAGCCUUUGUUUUUUCAGUUUUGCUUUCCAAGCGUGUUCGCGUAAGGAGUCUUUGAUUGUAGGUAUCCUGUUCAAGUUACCAAGAAAUGUUAUUUAAAACAAAAAUAUAUAAUAGACAUAAAUUAAUAUUUUGCCGGCAUGAAACGAGGAACUGUCUUAGAGUGCUGAGCACGAGGUAUCGCGGUUUGGUGUUUGAAACGGUUACCGUUUUGCUAUUUGUGUCAUUCUACCGUCAGCCUUAUCGAGUUAAUAUGUUUUGUUAAAUUAAGUUUUCAGUUUGUUCUAUUAGGUCGAUUUACGUUUUCCCGCUGUACUAUAGCGUAUACUUCUUAGCUGCUUUUAUGAUCGUUUCGCUUUCCGUUUUCUAUGCAUGUUAUUACGGCUCCAGUUUCACUCAGAUUGGCUUUUUACCCCAAAGGCGACAGACCCCAUAGCACAGGUGGGGAGUACUCAGUCUUAAUUUUUCCAAUGGGACAGAGUAAAGUGAAGACUGUGGACUGACUGCGGACCAUUGUUUUUAGGGUUAGAAAACAAUGUGACUAUUGUUGUCACGUUCUCAUUGCACGGUGAAAAUAACAGUGCGCAGUUUGCGUUUUACACUAACCGUUUUUCCAAUAGUUGAUUUUUUUUUCUAGUUUACGUGUCCGGUUGUGACGUAUUUAUAGUCAUUCAUAUCAGUUAAUCAAAUGAAGGGUGCAUGAACCUGGCUGACCAGCGUGCCUAUAUCUUUAGCGUUGUUAGUGUAUUUAGUCGAGUAGUAGAGGCAAAAUAACCAAUACCCGAGGGUCAACCCGAGGGUCAACCCGAGGGUCAACUCGAGGGUCAACCCGAGGGUAGAUAGCUUCCUGCUGGUUUUCGUUUUAGGCAGAAAUAUGAAUUGGUAGCAACUGUUCUCUUAUUAAGAGAACCGUUGACAGUAUUAUCAAAAGGUUUGCACUCUAAAUAUGGAGCAUUGAGAUAUCGGGUAAGAUGUGUCAAAAGUUGGUAUUAACGUUAAGUUUAUAAUCACUUAUUAUCGGUUAACUUUCGAACGUCCAUCGCGGUAUCACUGCGCAAUUUUAAUUCCCUUAGUGACAGCAAUCGAUUAAUAUUGAUUAAUCCUUUGCAGGUGCUACGAUGUAAAAAACGCACCUCCCCUUAAAAUGCACUUCAAGUACAAAGACAACGAAUUUAGUCUGCACUCAAGAGACGACAGCGUGAUAGACGCCCUCAAUCUGUUUACAGACAGACUGUACAAUGCGUUGCAGACGAGUAUGACUCCACGUGUAGUCCAGGAGCCAACACCUAAAGAUGAUCGACAAAGCAGCUACUGGAGCUAUACCAGAUCAUGGUUAGAAUACCCUGUCAAGGGAGUGAAAAAUUUUGUCGGUAAAAAAAUUCUCUCCUUGGAAUGAGGCAAGCCUAUACAGCUUACAAGCCUAGCUUUCCAGGUUUUUGCGACUUGUGAAUAAGCCAAGACUCUGCUUUUAGCAAUCUACGACAUCGUGCUAAAAAUGCUCGAAACUAAAGAUUUACAAAAUAUUUAAAUUAGUACAUGUAGCAAUUAGAUAUAAGAGGAUCUCGACCUUAUUUUUUGGGCUAUGGUUAUUUAUGUGAUUUCACUGAUGCUAAAACAACACUGAGUCCACGCGGUAGUCACGAAGCUCUCUUAAACCUCCAGUUUUAUUGGGUCUACAUACCAUGUUUAAACGUUCGGGCCCAUUUUUUUUGUUCUGUUUUGUUUAUUGCAGUAUUAGUGCUACUGGAGCCAAUUCAGUGUGAAGAGGCAUGCGGCCGAGAGCUUCGUUGACGCCCCGCAAGUCGGGUGCCAGUGUUGUGCUUCAAUACAGUUUUACUCAAAUUUACGGGCAGCGCUUAAAAAGCUCUUGAACGUUUUGAACUAGAGAUUAGCAUUGCUGUAGUUGUUAGCUGCGUUAGAUGCCUACUGAAGCUGAAAUGUUUAAGAAAUACGCUUCGACACAUAAUUGCUCAAAGGGGCAAUUUACUGUGCUGUAUCGUUAAGCGCAGGGGAGGGAACUCCAAUAUUUAAGCUGUAUACGAGGCAUAUGCCACGGGAUAGAAAAUGCUUUGAGGUGCUCAGACCUUGACUAAGGGAUCCUUUUUGCUUUGUGAUCCUUCAAUAGGAUUCCUUUAAACUGUACUUUCAAAAUCACAGGACAUAAACCUUUUAAAAAACGGAAGUAACCGUUCUGUAUGUACAAGCAAAACGCCAGUAGAAAACUAUGUCCCUGUUUCGAAAACGAAACGGAAUAGAACCGGUUUAAACAAUAUUAUGCUUAGCCAGAUUUUCCUUCAUGUGGGUGUCAUUUUUCGCUGGAUUUGGACAUCAAAAAGGACUUAAUUUUUCUGAUUACUUCCUUUAAAUAGGGUCAGGGCUUAAGAGCCUUCGGGGCACUAGCUUCCCCAGUCAAGGGGGAAUAAACGUAAACUCUGAAAGAAAUUAAAGCUUCUCAGAGGUCUGUAGCCAGUUUAACAGGGGACUUUUUCGAGCAUCCUAAUGUACCAAAGUACUUGUACUCUUUUUCUUUAGGGAGCUGAAUACGUGUGACAAAUAUACAAUUUUGCCUCGUUACCAGAAAUCAAUGUCAGGCAUUAAAGGUCUUAAGAACAACAGAUUUGAUACCAAAGAGAAAUUUCUUUAUUUCAUUAAAAUCCCUCUAAUCAGUAGCAUGAAAAAACUGGUGAGCAGUGUCAAGAAAACAUGCGACUUGAUUUAGAGCGAAAUAUUAUGAUACCAAGUAUCAAACAUUACUUUUUUGGAAUAGGCAUUUGCUAUUGAUUUCCUUUUAUUCUCUUUGUAAAUUCAUGUAAAGUGUCAUUUAAGUGUAAUAUAAAAUGCUUUUUUUCCUUCCUUCUUAAAACUAGAAGUUGCGUCUUUUUUACUGAACAAUAAAAAAGAAAAAAGUUAUUUGAAACUGGAUUCAGAGGCGACAAAUUUUCAUGAAUUCUAGUGUUUGUAUUAAAAGUGUGUUGACUAUUUAUUUUACGGCAUUCUCAGCCGGAAGUGCCUUAGAUACAUGUCCCAAAAAGAAUUAUAACAGAUUGAGACCCCUGCUUGCUGACAUCAACAGUAACAAGUAAAUCAAAUUAAUAAAUAUACUUAAAAUUGUUUGGUGAUUUACAUGAUCCCUUUGCUUACUCUAUUGCUUUAAAUUAUACA